AUGUGCCAUUGGGGUGUGGAAGGCGCUGCAUGUCAGUUCAGGAGCGCGAGGGACGUGCACCUUGCGCAGCGCACCCGCCUCCUCGAAGCGAUCAGCGCCAAGGCGCCCUCCCCGCGGCGGCGGCCCGGCGCCCACCCGCGGGCCAUGCCGCGGCACCCGGGCGCGCGGCCGCCGCCCGAGCGCCAGGGCAAGGCCCCGGGCGCCGCGGGCGAGCUGGGGCCCAGCUUCACCGCCGCCAUCAAGGCGCUCGGGCAGCAGGAGCGCUGGCAGGGCGCGCUGUCCGUGUUGGCCGGGCUCCACCGACACGGGCCAGAGCCGGGCGUCAUCGCUUACGGUGCCACCAUCGGCGCGUGCUCCAGGGCCGCGCAGUGGCAGCGGGCCCUGGCGCUGCUGCGGGGCAUGGGCCCCGCCACGGCGCCCCCGGACGUCGUGGCCUACGGCGCGGCUGCCAGCCGCGGACCCGCCGCGGCGCCGGCCAGCGGCGCCGCCGCGCCCGCCGCCUGCCGGGUGCUGCGCCGGGGCCGCGGGUUGGUGGCGGUGCUGAAGCCGCCGGGCGCCAGCAGCGACGCCGUGCUGGCGUCGCUGGCGGCCACGGGCACGGCGGCGGCGCGGCUGUCGAGGCUCGACUUCAUGACCUCGGGCCUGCUGAUGGCGGCCGUCGGCGCAGAGACCUCCGCCGCCGUGCGCGCGGCCCGGGCCCAGUUCGCCGGGCGGCUGGUGGCCAAGGAGUACAUCUGCCUCUGCGAGGGGCCCGCACUCGGGCCGCCGGGCACGGCCUGCGAGGUGCGCAGCAGGCUGCUGGUGCUGGAGGACGGCCCCCGCAGCUCCGUGGCCUCGGUCUGCGCGGCGCGCGGCAAGGAGGCCGUCACCCGCUUCGAGGUGCUGGCCGCGAGCCCGCGGGCGCCCUGGUGGCUGCUGCUGGCGAGGCCUGCCACUGGCCGCACGCACCAGAUCCGCGCCCACGCCGCCAGCCUGGGCCGCCCUCUCGCGGGGGACUCGCAGUACGGCCGCCAGCCGGACCCGCCAGGGCGCCGGGCGGCGGGCGCCCCGACGGUGCCGAGGCUCUUCCUGCACUGCUGGCGCGUCGCUCUGCUGGACGCCGCCGGAGAGGCCUUCGGCGCCGCCGCGCCGCUGCCCGCCGACCUCGCGGACGCGCUGCGCCGAGUGGGGGCCAGGGAGGGGCGGGCGGAGGCCGGUGGGGGGGCCUCGAGCGCCAGGCCCGCUGCCCCCGCUGCCGUGGACCCUCCGGAGGGCGGGGGCGUCGCAGCAGGGUCCCGCUCCGUGGAGUGCAGCCCAGACACCCACGCGGCGGGGAGGCCCGAGCUGCGCGCGGCCCCGCCCCCGCCCCCUGAGGUUGAGCACGAGGACCCACCCGCUGAGGUUGAGCCCAAGGACGGCAGGGAGGACGAGGCGGAGCCUGAGGUGAUCCGAGUAUCGUACAUGUCUGUCAUGCACGGCGACUUCAAGAGCGCCAGCUCCGCCAUCAGCAGGAUCACGGAGCGCGCGGCAGAGGUCAACCGAGCUCGCAGUAUCACGGGGCUGCUGUCCUACGACGCCAGCCUUCAGCAGGUGUGGCAAGUGCUGGAGGGCCACAAGAAGGACGUGAUGCCUAUAUGGGAGAGCAUCCAGAACGACGAUCGUCACGCCAUCGACGAGCUGAGCGUGUCCGUCGAGGGGGCGGAGAGGCGCGCGUUCCCCAGCGAGUGGGGCAUGAAGUUGCGGCUGCGUGGAAUCCAUCAGAUGUAG